GUAGUACACCAUAACCAAGUUCCCAACUUGCAACUUCAGAAACGGGUUGUUCUUUCGGGCAAAACAUAAAGUAGAUUUGUCUUCCAUCUUCGCACGUCCCUUUUACUUUGAUGCAUUAAUUUGGUCAAACUCUUGGGAUUCCCUCUUCAAAAUUACAUUUUGUUCAAGAAAAUGAUGAGAAAUGGGUUGUGUCAAGUUUGGAUCGGUAUUACCAUAUCAAUAUUGGUGAUUGGAUUGAGCAUGAAAGGUGCAUUUGGGAUUAGAUUUGUAAUUGAAAAAGAAGAAUGUUUUUCUCAUAAGGUUGAAAUGGGGGAAACUGUUCAUUAUUCAUUUGUUGUUAUCAAGUCUGAAGGCGAUUGGCAUCACAAUAAUGACGGUGUUGAUCUUGUGGUGAAGGGGCCUUCUGGAGAACAGAUUCAUGAUCUUCGUGACAAAAUAAGCGAGAAGUCUGAGUUUACAUCUCAUCAUGAAGGAAUUUAUCGUUUCUGUUUCACUAACAAGUCGCCAUAUCAUGAAACCAUUGACUUCGAUCUACAUGCUGCUCACUUUGUAUACCAUGAUGAGCAUGCAAAAGAUGAGCAUUUCAAGCCUUUGUUUGAGCACAUCGGAAAGCUAGAGGAAGCUUUGUACAACAUUCAGUUUGAGCAGCACUGGUUAGAGGCCCAGACAGACCGUCAAGCAAUAGUGAAUGAAGGAAUGAGCAAGAGAGCCAUGUACAAAGCUCUUUUCGAGUCUUCAGCUCUUAUUUGUGUUAGUUUUUUACAAGUAUUCCUCCUCAAGCAUUUGUUUGAACGAAAGCUGGGGCAGUCCAGAGUUUAGUUUUCGGCACAGGGAGGAUAACAUUCUUCUUCCCAAACCCUGUAAACUCAGAUGUAUUCACUUUUUGUGCCUUUUUUCUGAAGGCAGAAUAUUGCCACACAAACUAGAACGACUGAUGUCCUUUUCGGAGAUUAAGUUAUUUCGAUACGUUCUUUCAGGAAUUAGUGAGAUUUUCCUUAUCUAUGUUUUAAGAUUAUCUCUGCUUGGCUUGCAAGUUCUUUCAAUGUCCGCGGCACAGUCCAUUGUUGAAUUUUGAUACCUCAAGCUGUGUAAUCAUAUUUAUUUGACAUUGACAAUUUCUCAUUAUAACCUUCAUUUUUGGCUGUUUUUGGUA